UAAAAUAACAAUGUAAACUAUCUACUGGCAUAUAACCAAUUUGUGGUAAACCGUUCGAAAAACAAACCUUCGGUCUGUUUGAAGUGUAUUUUUAAGUCGGGUUUACAAUUUUAGAUAAAUGAUAGUUACGUAUAAACUGUUUUCAUUCGUGAAAGUUUGACGCGUUGACUAAUAUCUAGUAUUAUUUUUCGUCGGCAAUCGUUGCCGAGGAUAGAAAUAUUAUUGGAACCGCUUAAAUAAGCUAAACUCGGCUUAAGUAAGGUACCCGAGGAAAAUAUAUAAGGAUAUAAACUCUAUUUUGUAUAAGCACACAACAUUCCUGUAUCCUGCUCGUUGGACCAUUGCUACUUGUGACAUGUGAAGUAUUUUAGUGACUUAUCUAAUUUGAAAAGUGAAUAUUUUGAUUUUGUGUCGACACAUGUUUGUUUCUUGGAUACAUUUCGGGAGCAUGCUUUCCAGACUUCUCAGAUCUCGAGUUCCAUUAGUUCUCCAGGACGUUAAACAUCUGGCUACAACGGACCAGCUGAGCCUGAAUGUCGUUGUAUGUGGUGCUAGUGGGGGAAUCGGCCAACCCUUAUCUCUACUCCUCAAGCAGUCGACCCUGAUAAAAGAGCUCGCCCUGUACGACACAGUCCACAGCAUAGGUGUGGCGGCGGACCUCAGCCACGUCCCCACUCUGGCUAAGGUCAAAGGUUUCGUUGGCAGGGAUCAACUCAAGGACGCCCUUAAGGGUGCCCAAGUGGUGGUGAUCCCCGCGGGGAUGCCGCGGAAGCCGGGGAUGACCCGGGACGACCUGUUCGACACCAACGCCUCCAUCAUCAAAGAGAUCACCGAAGGCAUCGCCGAGGCGGCUCCAAAAGCCAUCAUUGCAGUCAUCACCAACCCGAUAAACAGCACCUUGCCGAUCGCUGCCGAGGUCAUGAAAAAGGCCGGAGUCUUCUACCCGAAGAGGCUUAUAGGUAUCACGACCUUGGACGUUAUCCGAGCGAGGACAUUCAUCGCGGAGGCCAAAGGGUUCGACCCGAUGCACAUCAAUGUUCCCGUGAUCGGAGGUCACGCUGGGACCACCAUCAUCCCUUUGGUGUCACGGGCCACCCCUUCCGUCUCUUUCCCCCAGGACGAACUGGAGGCCCUGACCAAGAAGAUCCAAGAGGCCGGCACCGAAGUCGUCAAGGCCAAAGCGGGUGCUGGAUCAGCAACGUUGUCUAUGGCUCACGCUGGCGCCUUGUUCGUCAUCGACCUUUGCCGAGCCAUGGCCGGAGAUGCCAAUAUUGUCCAUUGUGCCUUUGUCCCGUCCGAUGUAACAGAGUUGGAGUACUUCGCUACCCCCGUACUUCUCGGUCCUAAAGGGGUCCAGAAGAAUUUGGGGAUAGGAAAACUUUCCGACUACGAAGCCAAACAGAUGCAGGAGGCAAUUCCUAUCAUCAAGAAAAGCAUCCAAAGAGGAGUGGAAUUCGUGAAGAAAGGCUAGGAAGUUUUCUUUAUCUUGAACAUUAAGAUUUGCGUUAAUGUACUGUUUAUACAUACUGCCUUUACCUUGUUAAAGUUCUAUUUUACAGAGUGGAGAUAUCGAUGCGCUUGUUCAAAUUGUAAUAAAAUUACUGAAAUCGUA